CUGCUCUCCUACGACGAAUCCCCGCGGCACUCUUCCCCCGACAGCGACAUCGUAGCCCAUCCCGCCAGCCAGUCGCAAUCACCGCGUCCAGGCUUCCUACCCAGAAGACAAUCCUCGUUUGCUCAGCCACGUCCUGGCGGCAAUCCAAGAACAACCAACCGUGUCCACUUUGACAUCGAAGACUCAAUCCGUGGGAGUCUCGACCAUGCCCAUCAACACGACCACGACUUGAUGGAAGAGGAGGACUAUCUCACUGCAGACAACUGGAGUAGCAGAAGACACAAUGCUGGCCAACGCGCCCCCCUCCUGACAGGCAUUGAGGCCCCUGCCGUUACUGUCGCCGAGUCCGACUUCAACCCAGAUGACCUGCUGGAAAGUGCGAGGCCUAAAAGCUCAAUGUCUAGCGCUUUUAUGAACAUGGCCAACAGCAUCAUUGGUGCCGGAAUCAUCGGACAGCCAUAUGCACUUCGCCAAGCCGGUCUGCUUACAGGUGUCAUCCUGCUCAUCCUCUUGACUAUUACUGUUGAUUGGACAAUCCGCCUCAUCGUCAUAAACUCCAAACUUAGCGGCACCAACUCCUUUCAGGCAACAGUCGAGCAUUGCUAUGGAAAGUCCGGUCUCGUCGCCAUCUCCAUCGCUCAAUGGGCUUUCGCUUUUGGCGGUAUGAUCGCCUUCUGCAUCAUUGUGGGAGACACGAUACCGCAUGUCAUGUCGGCCCUGUUCCCGUCUUUAGAAGAGAGCCACUUCUUAUGGCUUCUCACAGACAGGAAAUUCGUCAUUGUAGUCUUCAUCAUGGGCAUCUCCUACCCAUUCUCGCUUUACAGAGAUAUCUCAAAGCUCGCGAAAGCCAGUUCGCUGGCUCUAGUCAGUAUGCUCAUCAUUGUUGUCACAGUCAUCACCCAGGGCCCUAGGGUUCCUGCUGAGAUGAAGGGUCCAAUCAAGGGUUCCCUGAUCAUUAACAAUGGCGUCUUCCAAGCUAUCGGUGUCAUCUCUUUUGCCUUCGUCUGCCACCACAAUAGCUUGCUCAUCUACGGAUCUCUUCAGAAGCCAACCAUGGACCGAUUUGCCAAGGUCACGCACUACUCCACCAGCAUCUCGAUGCUUGCUUGUCUUGCUAUGGCACUUUCUGGCUAUCUGAAUUUCGGAAGUCUCACACAAGGCAAUGUCCUCAACAACUUCCCUACAGACAAUAUCCUGGUCAACAUUGCUAGGCUAUGCUUCGGCCUCAAUAUGCUCACAACCUUACCUCUAGAAGCAUUCGUCUGCCGAGAAGUCAUGAACCUCUACUACUUCUCCCACGAAGCCUUUGACCCCAAUCGCCACCUCAUCCUCACCACCGCUCUCGUCAUCUCAGCCAUGGGCUUGAGUCUUCUCACCUGCGAUCUUGGCAUCGUAUUCGAACUCGUCGGUGCCACCAGUGCUUGCGCUCUCGCCUACAUCCUACCUCCGUUAUGUUACGUCAAGCUCACAAAAAGACGGACGUGGGAAACGUAUGCUGCAUACGUCUGCAUAACGUUCGGAUGCAUAGUCAUGGGUAUCAGCGUCUUGCUUGCUGGUGCCAAGAUGGCGAGGAAUGAAGGCGGUGCACAAUCCUGCUAACCAAUCUUGUCAUCCUCGAAAAAGAUGUAAUCGCCAAAAUCUAGAAGAACUAUAGAUGUUCUAUCCCACCCAGCUUCUAUUCUAUGUAUACUGUAUCAACAGGUUUUCUCUUAGGCCGGUGGUAUGUUUCGGGUGUUCUUCGCAGGUCCUCUGGAUCAGCAGUCCGUAGAAGGUAAAUCAUGCUUUCCAAACCGGUC